CUAUUUGAAGCAAAACUAUAGAGGCACUUAUAACCUCACUUUCUCUGCAACUUCUCUCUCAUGUGGGUGGGUAUAGCAUAUUUACAUGUCAGUUAUUUUGCAGAUUCCCAUGCAUGUAUGGAUUCCAAUAAAAGGGAAAGAGACCGUGAGCGCCAAAGGAGGCGGAGGGAAAGACUGCGUAAAGACCCAAAAUUGCUUGAAACUGCUAGAGCAAAGGAAUGGGAAAGAUGGAAGAAAAGAAAACAGGAAAGCCCGACUGCCUCUUGUCUGGUCAGUUCCAAAACUGGAUCCUCCAGGACAUCAGGCUCAAUGGCAGAAGGAACGCCAACAGAAGCAGUCCCUGAGGGGUCUUUCCUUGCCAGACACUUUGCUGUAACACCAAUUGUUUGGUCCAGGGGAUGAUGAACGUGUUCGCUCUGGCAAAGCUGUAGUACUCUCAACUGCUGUAAAAAAAACUGGUACUGUGACUGCAUCUCCAAAGAUGGGAAGUUAUGACAAGAAUGCAUGGAAUAUGUCCUAUUCAGUAUGUUACCUGGUUCUUGCUCUGUCAAGGAAAUAACGGGAUAUUUCAGCAUAACUGCAGGGGAGAGGGGUGGAGGCAAGUUUAGGUCAGGAAAAGCAUUAGUCUUUAGAAAGGUCUUGAAUUUAUUAAAAUAUUGUGAGGGUGAAAAAUGCUCUCCACAAAUAAAUCGAUAUUUUAAUUUUGUUGAAACGAU